CACUAGUACUUUCUACUCACCAGCCCACUGGUCCCGGGAAGGUUGGGGACAUGCUGGCCAUUCCGUAGGUGGGGAUACUGAGUCUCUGAGAGGUGAAGUGACUUGCUCCCCUCAUACACAGAGUAGCUAGGGGCAGCAGGGUUUGGAUCCAGGGCUCUGUGACUCUGGGAAGACAGAGGGUUAAGCUGGCCGGGCCCCUGGGCUCCCAGCUAUGGGCAGCUCCUCACCUCUCUCCUCCUUUCCAGGGGCUGGACUCCUGGGGGCGUUCGGGGCAGGUGCUGGUGGGCUCGCAGGUGGUGGCCCUGGGGCAGGGCUCGGGGCCUUUCCAGCAGGCGCCUACCCGGGGGCUCUGGUGCCCGGUGGAGCAGCGGGUGCUGCCGCGGCCUAUAAAGCUGCCAAGGCUGGGGCUGGGCUUGGCGGUGUCGGCGGCCUUGGCGGGGUGGGCGGCCUUGGUGGCAUCGGCGGCUUGGGAGUGUCUACAGGCGCGGUGGUGCCUCAGGCUGGAGCCGGAGUCGGAGUCGGAGCCGGAGCGAAGCCUGGGAAGGUGCCCGGUGUGGGGCUGCCCGGUGUAUACCCAGGUGGAGUGCUCCCAGGCGCAGGAGCUCGGUUCCCGGGUGUGGGGGUGCUCCCUGGGGUUCCCACCGGAGCCGGAGUCAAGGCCAAGACCCCAGGUGGAGGUGGAGCUUUCGCCGGAAUCCCAGGAGUCGGACCCUUUGGGGGCCAGCAGCCUGGCGUCCCGCUGGGGUACCCCAUCAAGGCACCCAAGCUGCCAGGUGGCUAUGGACUGCCCUACAGCACUGGGAAACUGCCCUUCGGCUAUGGGCCCGGAGGAGUGGCUGGUGCCGGGGCCAAGGCUGGGUACCCGACGGGGACAGGAGUUGGCGCGCAGGCUGCAGCAGCAGCAGCUAAAGCAGCAAAGUAUGGUGCGGGAGGAGCCGGGGUUCUCCCUGGUGUUGGAGGCGGCGGCAUUCCCGGCGGGCCCGGCGCAAUUCCUGGGAUCGGAGGCAUCGCAGGGGCGGGGGCGCCGGCUGCUGCGGCAAAGGCUGCUGCGAAGGCAGCUAAGUUCGGAGCUGCUGGAGGCUUGGUGCCCGGUGGACCAGGCUUUGGCGGCCCGGGAGUUGGGGUCCCAGGUGUUGGGGUCCCGGGUGUUGGAAUCCCAGGUGUUGGAGUCCCAGGAGCUGUGUCACCAGCUGCAGCUGCUAAAGCAGCCAAAUUCGGGGCCAGAGCUGGAGUGGGUGUUGGAGGCAUUCCCACUUACGGGGUCGGGGUCGGUGCUGGGGGCUUUCCUGGUUACGGUAUCGGAGCUGGAGUCGGAGGUGUUCCUGGAGCUGCCCUUUCCCCUGCAGCCCAGGCAGCAGCCGCGGCCAAGGCAGCCAAGUACGGUGCUGGAGGGGCAGGAGCCUUGGGAGGGCUGGUGCCGGGGAUCGGAGAUGGAGUGGCAGGUGUCCCAGGUACAGGAGGGGUGCCAGGAGUAGGGACCCCAGCCGCUGCAGCCGCCAAAGCCGCCGCCAAAGCCGCCCAGUUCGGGUUAGGCCCCGGUAUUGGCGUGGGUCCCGGCAUUGGUCCCGGCAUUGGCAUUGGUCCCGGUGGUGUUAUAGGAGCAGGGGCCCCCGCUGCAGCCAAAGCCGCGGCUAAAGCAGCCGCCAAAGCCCAGUACCGGGCUGCAGCUGGGCUCCCUGUUGGUGUUCCCGGCUUUGGGGUUGGUGCCGGCGUUCCCGGAUUCGGAGUUGGUGCCGGCAUUCCUGGAUUUGGAGUUGGUGUUCCUGGCUUUGGGGCAGGUGCAGUACCUGGAACCCUGGCUGCAGCUAAAGCCGCCAAAUAUGGAGUGGGAGGUGCCGGGGCUCUCGGCGGAAUAGGUGUCCCAGGCGGUGUGGCAGGAGUCGGACCUGCGGCCUCAGCCGCUGCUGCCAAAGCCGCCGCCAAAGCCGCCCAGUUUGGCCUCGGGGGACCCGGAGGCCUGGGAGUCGGGGGGCUCGGAGUCGGGGGGCUCGGAGGCCUUGGAGGUGUGUCCCCGGCCGCAGCUGCUAAAGCAGCCAAAUAUGGUGCCGCUGGUCUAGAAGGUGUCCUGGGAGCCACCAGGCCAUUCCAAGUCGGAGGAGUUGCAGCAAGACCUGGCUUCGGACUGUCCCCUAUUUACCCAGGUGGCGGAGCCGGGGGCCUGGGCAUUGGUGGCAAACCUCCCAAGCCCUAUGGAGGGGCCCUGGGAGCCCUGGGAUUCCCAGGUGGGGCCUGCCUGGGGAAAUCCUGUGGCCGGAAGAGAAAGUGAGCUUCCCGGGACCCCUGACUCGCGACCUCAUCAACGUUGGUGCUACUGCUUGGUGGAGAAUGUAAACCCCUUGUGACCCCCUCCCCCACCCCCC